AUGCCGCCUCGUAUUCCAGUUGAUUUCUUCUUUGACGUUUUCUCUCCCUACAGCUGGAUAGGAUUUGAAGGACUAGUGAGGUACAAAAAGGUAUGGCCUAUCGAUCUUCGUCUGCGUCCUUUCUACUUGGCUGGAAUAAUCAAAUCAACAAAAAACCCUGGUGCACCUAUGAUGCUCGCCCAAAAACAGAAGUAUAUGGAAUUGGAUCUGGAAAGAAAUUCUAGGUACUGGGGAAUACCGAUUUCUCUUCCAAAGGAUUUCAAAAACAUCGUUUUCUCAAACUCGUCGGCUGGUGCACAAAGGCUACUGAUUGCUGUGCAAAGGCAGCAACCAGCAAGGAUGGAACAGCUGGCCAGAACGUUGUGGCGAAGAAUGUUCACAGAACACACUGGGGUGUUCGAUCGAAGUGCAUUGCUUGAAGUAGGUCGCAUUCCUCAAAAUAGGAGCAGAUGUAAAGCUGUGGAGGCUCAAACUUUGCAGCGAAAUGCAGUCCCUUUUGUUUUUCUCUGAAC